AUGAAAGCGCUAAUUUUUCUCACUGUUUGAUCACUAGCAUUUUUAGAGAAAACCCUUUACAACCAAUUUCUGACAGGCAUCUUAGAAGGAGCUGAUUUAAUAUCAAAGCUUGAUGCAGAAAAUUGCCUUUACUCCAGAACUUUAGUUACUCAAGAUAAAAAAUUUUCUAUUGAUUGGAACAACCUUAUACAAGAUUUAACUGAAAUGUCUAUAUAUUGCAAAUUCCAAGAAGCAUUAAAGCCACUGAAAAACCUAAAAACGUCUGAAAAUAUGAUGGCCCGCACUUACAAACGAUUUGAGGAAGCAAAAGCUAAAAACCAGUUCCCGGUUUCGUCAAAUAUAACUAAUUUUGGCAAAAGCCUUGGCAGCUGGCUUUCACAGUACAUUAGAAUGGCUUCUCCCUACGCUUUUAUAGGCCUUCCUAUAGAUGGCGCGCAAUGCGCCAUCACCGAGCAAUGUCGGGAGAGGGUUCCACACGAGGAAUGGUUCUACGUGUGGAACCCUCUUUUUGACCUGUGAGAAAACUACUUUCCACGAGCCAAAAAGAGGGUUCCACACGUAGAACCAUUCCUCGUGUGGAACCCUCUCCCGCAUGGCCCGGUGAUGGCGCAUUGCGCGCCAUCUAUAGGAAGGCCCUAUAAAUUUUCCUAUAACCCAUCUGAUGUAUCUAUCUAUAUAAAAGCUGCAAAAGCUCCUCUUCCUAUCGCUUAUUUUCAUGGAAUCAACGGAGCUUGCAAAGAUGAAAGCUAUAAAGAAUGAGAAAAUUAUUUAAGAAAGCAAUUAGGGGUUUAUAUAAGAUGUAUUGAAAUAGGUGAUGGCGCAUCAUCAAGCAUUUUUAUGUCAAUGACUGACCAAACUAAUGAAGCUUGCACCAAAAUUAAGGCGGACUAUCAUUAUAAAGGAAAAUUUAAUUUAAUUGGAAUUUCACAAGGUGGGAUAAUAGCUAGAGGAGUUCUUCAGAAAUGUGCUGGGCUUAAAGUCAACAAUUUAAUAACAAUUGGCUCUCCUAAUAUGGGAAUAAAUAAAUUCCCAAACUGUGAAGUUGGAAUUAAGUGCUAUCUUUAUAAUAAAGCAGCCAUACUUGGAGCAUAUUCCGCUGCUUUUCAAGCUCUUGGACCUGGAGGCUACUUUAAAGAUCAAUACCAAUAUGAAACAUAUCUUAAAGAAAGCAGCUUUUUAGCUGACUUGAAUAAUGAAAGAAAAAUCAAGAAAGAAUAUACUGAUCUGUAUUUAGCCCUAGGCUAUUUUGUACAGAUUUACUUUUCGAAAGAUGCAACUGUGAUUCCAAAAGAAAGUGAAAUAUUUGGGUAUUUUGCUAUUGAUUCUGAAAUAAUGCAGCCUUAUAAUGAAACAUUGAACUAUGUUAAUAAUUAUCUGGGAGCUAAGACAAUGGAUUCCCAAGGGAAAAUUGUUACUAUCACUAGUGAGCAAUAAAAUACUUGCUUUAAAUAGAGAGUUAAUUGUUUUAUCUGUUUAAACCAAAACUGUAUAGGAAAUAUUUAAUUUAAUUAGAAAAUUUACUUUAAAUACAAACUUAAUCAAUUCAAUAGAAUUAGCAGUUGAUUGAUUAUAUAUAAAAAAAUACUAUAAACAAAUAUUUUGGCUAAACUAAAGUUAAUUUUAAUUAGAACUUUGCUCGCAUACAGAUAGUAGAGUUAGGACCACUAUUGACUCAGAGCAUUGCAAUAUGACUCAUGAAGAAGUUAAUAAAUAUCUCAUUCCUUAUCUUCUAUAA